AUGUUAUACACAGGCAAGGACACAAAUUAUGGUUCAAACUACCCACAAGAAAAACAAUCAACAAGAAUUGUUUUGGAGUUAACACAUGACUUACUGAAUAAAGGGUAUAGGAUUUACUUAGAUAAUUUCUACACGUCAAUUCAUUUGGCUAAACUCUUGUGUCAAAACAAUACAGACAUUGUUGGAACAAUGAGGAUAAACAGAGUCGGAAUCCCCAGUGAAAUAAAAACAAAAAAAUUACAGAAAAAUGAACAUAAAGUAAGAUUCAAAGACAAACUUAUGGUUUUAAAGUGGAAGGAUAAAAAAGACGUAUUGAUGCUCAGUUCUAUUCAUAAUGACGAAAAGACAAUGAUUGAAAAGAGAGGAAGGAGGCAAGAAAAACCGAAUGUUGUCCUGGAUUAUAACAAGAAUAUGGGCGGCGUAGAUUUGGGAGAUGGAGUUAUGGUGGCCUACACGGCUGCCCGUAAUAGGCUAAAAAAAUAUUAUGAAACAAUUUUUCUACGAUUAAUUGAUAUGUGCUGCUUCAAUGCAUAUAUUAUAUACAAAAAAGAUAAAGGUCAUUUGGAUCGAUUACACUGUUUGAUAGAGUGUGUAGAGAAAUUGGUAGAUAACAACAUAGUGAAAACCCACCCAAAGACAUCAACAAGCAGCUCUACACCUAAACCAUCACGCUUAGUUAAAAGGCAUUUUCCAGAACAAAUGAAAAGCGAUAUAGGAAAAACAAAAUCCAGGAAAUGCCGAGUUUGCUACAAAAAAGGUGUUAGGAAAGAAUCUACAUACUGGUGUCCGGAUUGUAAGGUAGCACUAUGUAUCAACAAUUGUUUUAAAAUAUCUCACAAGGAAGUUGAGUUUUGA